UUAUAAUCGUUUAGAUUCAAGCUCAAUCAAAUAAAUUUAUUUUGUCAAACAAUUUUGUAGACAAUGUCCUGAAGAUGAAGAAGAAACAGUAUCAAAAACAAUAUAGAAAACUUUUCAGAAAAAGAUUCAGAGAACAAUCUCGUAGGCUUCUUUCUUGCGCUUUUCGAUCGACAAUGAGUUCUCGGCAGAAAAGAACAAAGCUGAAGAUCAUCCUUCUCGGAAAUAGCGGGGUAGGCAAAACAUCAUUGACGAAACGAUACAUUGGUGAGGAAUUUAAGAGGCUGCAUAUGAAUACAGUCGGAAUGGAUUUCACCAACAAGGAGCUUUGCGUUGACAAAGAACAAGUCACUUUACAAAUUUGGGAUACUGCUGGACAAGAAAGAUUUCACAGUAUAACGUCAGGGUUCUAUCGAGACGCAAAUUGCUGCGUUCUUGUAUACGACGUUAAUAUUCUCGAAUCGUUUGAAUCUCUCGACAUCUGGCAUGCCCAGUUCGUCGAAGAGGCAGAUCCUAUCACACCUGACAAGUUUCGAAUUCCCUUUGUUUUGAUGGGGAACAAAACAGAUGUAAAAGGCAGAACAUCCCCAGUUGUUGAAAAAGAGAAAGCAGUCCAAUGGUGUGAGACAAAGGGGGAAAUAGCCUACUUUGAGACCUCGGCAAAGGAAAAGAGCAAUGUUGAUGAAGCUUUUAUGGAGGUUGCUCGAAAAGCUCUCUUAUAUGUGCGUCGUACUACAAAGAUAUAUAGCAGCGACAGUGAAUCAGAGGAGGAGCAAGCAAGAAGUUGUGCCUGUUAAAUCAUAAUUAACAUAUCUCAUUUGUUGUUGAAGUGUUAUAAUAUUAUUCCAAUAUAAGGGAUUUACAAAUUUUGGCUCCAUUGAACAAUAUGUAUUAUUUAAAUUAAUUACUGAACAAAUACAAUGUAUAUGUAAGAAAAAAUUAAAGGGACAGAUUUUGAGCAGCAAGUAUGUUACUAUUGGAUUCAUAAGUAAUUUAGCUUCUUCGUAAAAAGGCUUACUACAUGAAAAUACGUUCAAAAGAGCAGUAGCAAGUGGCCAACACGGAAAUGAGUGCUUUAACUACGGAAAAUAGCAGUUGACUUGAGUUGUAUUUCGAUUUGGAGGAUAAGUUUAAAGUAAAGAUUUCAUAUAUUGAGAGGUUGUUAGUGAUAUAUUGUAUUUUAGUAUUUUUAACCUCGUGUAUUAUGUACGUUUUGUGUUUUUUUUUUUUUUUAAUCGUGUUUUU